GUAUAAACUGGUAAUUAUGGCUUUUGCAAGGACGAUUAAUAGUGGUGGCCAAAAAUAUCUCUUAAACUCAUCCAUACCCAUACUUAAUAAAUAUCGCUUCACAUCAUCUUUAAGUUCUGCCCAAAAAGAAAAACUAUCUAAUGGACCUGGUCUAUCAGAUUUUAUUGAACAGAGUAGUGCUAGUACCCAAUAUACUGAAAACUUGAUAAAAGAAAAAGGAGGAAAAAGAUUGAAAUUACCACCAUGGCUUAAGACGAAAAUACCAAUGGGAAAAAGCUAUAAUAACCUUAAAAAAGGGUUAAGAAAUGUAAAACUAGCUACGGUUUGUGAAGAAGCUAAAUGUCCCAAUAUCGGAGAAUGCUGGGGAGGGGGAGAGUCCAAAACUGCCACUGCUACUAUUAUGGUAUUUAUAGAGUUAAAAUUAAUAAGAGAAGAAUUAAAAGAUUAUUUAACAAGAUUCGCUAGAGAUUAUAACAAGGAAUAUUGCAUACGUUUCUUUGAAUGCUUUUGUUCGUAUGAGUUUUACGAGGAUAGACAUGAAGACUUCUUAAAAUUUAUAUUUGGUAAUAACUAUAUAACAAAUGAUUUAGAAAUAUCCGUAUCCGAAACUGAAUUCUUUCCAUUUCAUAUUUGUCAAUAUUUAGCUAAAAGAUUUACAAAAGGUAUCUUACCGGAAGUUUGUAUAAGUCUUAGUGGAUCAUUGACAGAUGUUCAAGUUUCACGAGUUAUUACUGAAUUUAUGAAAAAGUUCUUUAGUAGAUCUGUAUGGAUUUUUUGCGAUGGGUCACUUCCAUCUUUUGAAAGUUCUAUUAUCGGGUCGGAAAAAACCAAAAUAUUUUGCAUAAAAAAUGAUUUUAAAACGAACCUACAAGCCUCGUUUUAUGAUUUGGUAAUUAAUUGCCAAGGUAAUGAUAUUGAAGAAAGGUUAAGAGAAGAAGUAGAAGUGUACCUGAAGAUGACUUCUAGAUUGGUAAUUCAUUUGAUAAUUGAAGGGCGUGAAAAUACUAAUAAACAAUUAAUUAGAGCUUUUAAAUCGGAAGCAUAUGUCCUCGUUGUAGAAAAUUCAGGUCUAAUCGCCAAUAAGAUAUAUUCCAUCUACAAAGAAGGUCUGAAGAGUAUUAACUUGGGAAUAAGUGAUAAGAUAAAGGAAACCGAAGAGGCAAUCAAAUGGUUGUUAAAUAAAGAUCAAAUUUCCUUUCUAAAUGAUAAAAUUUGUUCCGAGUUGAAUCAAGGUAGUUCUUAUAAAUUUAUUUACAAGCCAGCCGUGACUUGUGAGAAAUAUUUGAAGGCUGUUCAUACAGCUACCUAUGAAGACUAUAAAGAAUCAGAAGAAAAGGCCGUUUGGGAUUUAUUGAUUUACGCUAUCCUCACCCACAACACGAAAUUAAUUAAGUAUUUGAUUACAAAAACUUCUAAUACAGUCGUCGCUUCUCUUCUCUCAUCGAUCUUAUUUAAAGAGCUAUCUAAAAGAUGCCAACGAUUAUCGGAAACUAUUUUAGCAAAGGAAUUAUUACAUAGCUCUAAUACUUUUGAACAAUUAGCCGUCGAUACCCUUUCAGAAAUAUAUUCGAAUAGUAGAACUAAAGCAUACGAACAUUUAGUUUCUUUCGUUCCAUUUGACCUCAGUAAGACUACAAGUGCCUUAAGCCUUGCCGAAUGCGCAGACUUAAGAUCUUUUAUUGAACACUCAGCCGUUCAGACGUUUAUUCAGAGUAAGUGGAUGGGUGGAGUUAACCAAGAGACUAAUAGGAUUUUAUUCUUUUUCCCUUUUUGUAUAUUUGCACCGUUCUUUAUACAUUUUUUGGAUGUUUCGGAUAUUAAACAAAAAAGUGAAUCCUGCUCGAAUCGGAUUAAUGCGUAUCCUUUGGAAAAUAAUAUUAGAAAGAAGCUUUUAGCCUUUUAUACAUCACCAAUCUUUAAGUUAGCCUCUGAUUUCGUAUCUUUUCUUAUCCUAUUGAUCUUUUAUACGUAUAUUGUCAUGUUUGAUUUGGAUGACACUGUAUCAUCAAUUGAAUGGAUAACAAUUACUUGGGUAUUUGGGUUAAGUGCAGAAGAAUUAAAACAAAUUAUAACAGCCUAUUGUCAUGGUUUUACUAGCGAGAUAGAAUUACAUGAUGUAACAAAAAUGUGGCCAAACAGAAUCAUACAUCUUUUAGUAGUUAAAACGCAUGCUUAUAAAUUAAAAGAAUAUUUUAAAGAUACCUGGAACAUUCUAGAUUUUUCCAUGCUUCUCUUAUUCUGGUUAACCUAUACGUUAAAAGUUGGUUUAGCAACGGAAUUUUGGUUGAGAUUUUGUAGCGGCUUAACACUUAUACUAUUUUAUGUACGCCUUCUUAGAUUUGCGCAUGUUAAACAUAAUUUAGGUCCUAGAAUUUUAGCCGUUGCAGUUCUUAUUCGAGAUCUUAUGCACUUUCUGGUAAUUUUUAUGAUAUUCGUCGUUAGCUUUGGCAUUUCUUAUGCCGCUUUGAUGAGAAACGUUCCCAAGUUGGACAGUAAUUCUACUAGCUCAAUAAGCGUACCAUUUAAGGAAGGUUUAUGGAGAAUAUUUGGUGAUUUACAUGUCGAAAAUUUAAGUAAUGAUAUUGAGAGGAUGAAUAAAUAUUAUGAUUCAAACGUUAGUUAUGUGAUUAUUGCCUGGGUUGUUUGCUAUAUGAUAAUAGUUAACAUAUUAUUGAUAAAUUUACUCAUAGCAAUAUUCUCCCAUACAUUCGAAAAAGUCCAACAAGAUUCGAAGAGAAUUUGGAUGUCCCAAAUGAUGGGUUUAGUUCGGGAAUAUAGUAUGAAAUCCUAUCUCCCUCCACCUCUAAAUUUAAUUUGUUUCACAACAACGUUUGUAAUGAAAAUCUUUAAAAAGUUAUGCGGAAUCAAUGAGUCUAAUAAAUCGCACGAAAAUGACAUCUAUCUGUCACCGAUCAAAUCGUCGUGCAACUUGGAACAGCAUGCAGCAAUAAAGGCAAUAGCAAAGUCGGAAGAAAUCAAUAAGAUUAAAUAUCUCGAAGAACGAAUAAAAACCUUAAAUAACACUAUUAUGGGCGAAAGCUGCACUAGAGCCUGCCGCUUUUGUUCCGUUAAAACUUCCAGGCGACCGCCGCCUUUAGAUCCUAACGAACCAGCUAAUACUGCAGCAACGAUAGCUGAAUGGGAAUUGGAUUAUAUUGUAAUUACUUCGGUUGAUAGAGACGACUUACCCGAUGGUGGUGCGGCACAUUUCGCUCGAACGAUUACGGAGAUUAAGAAAAAUAAACCGAAUAUACUUGUUGAGUGCUUAACGCCGGAUUUUGGUGGAAAUCUGGAAUUGGUAGGGCUAGUUGCUUCAGCAGGCUUGGACGUUUACGCUCAUAAUUUAGAGACUGUAAAACAUCUGCAAAAGUACGUUAGAGACCCUAGAGCAAAUUAUGACCAAUCAAUGAGGGUCUUAGAGCACGCUAAGAAAGCUCAAAAAGGUAUAUUAACGAAAACGUCCCUUAUGCUUGGCCUUGGUGAAACGGAUCAACAGAUUUUGGACGUGAUGAAUGAUCUCCGAGAGAUUGACGUCGAUGUCGUCACGUUCGGUCAAUAUAUGCAACCUACAAAGCGUCAUCUACAAGUUCAAGAAUAUGUUAGACCAGAAAAGUUUAACUAUUGGGAAAAGGUCGGACUUGAGAUGGGUUUCGCUUAUAUAGCAUCAGGACCGCUGGUUCGUUCUUCCUACAAAGCAGGCGAAUACUAUAUCAAGAACGUGUUGAAUAAGAAAAGAGCAGAGAUAAUGUAA